AUGAUCCGAAACCGGCCCACCAAACCAAUCAUCGCAGUAGCUUUCUACUCGACCUACGGUCACAUCGAUGCCCUCGCUUCAGAGGUGAUAAAAGGUGUCGAAUCGACCGGAGCGAUCGUCAAGCCUUAUGUGAUUAAGGAAACCCUUCCUCAAGAGGUACUCACCAAGAUGUACGCCAACACCUCCCUUCAAGCUAAGUACCCAGCUAUCACACCGGAGGAUCUCAAGGAGGUCGAUGGUUUGAUAUUAGGUGCUCCCACGAGAUACGGUCGACUCCCUUCUCAAGUCGAUAAUUUCUUCGAUCAAACUGGUCAGUUAUGGGCUACCGGUGCUCUCGUAGGGAAAUUCGUCACUAUGUUCACUUCUGUCGCAGGUCAACAUAGUGGUCAUGAGUCGACCUAUACCACCUCUUUCCCCUUCUUCGCUCAUCACGGUAUGGCAUAUGUACCGAUCGCUUACUCCAACCCAGCAGUCGGAGCAGUUGACUCAGUCCAAGGUGGUUCGCCAUACGGAGCGUCGACUGUGGCGGGUGCUGACGGCAGCUUGAAACCUACUGCCAACGAUCUCGCAGUCGCAGAGUACCAAGGCAAGUACUUUGCCACUUUCGUAGGAACCUUUGUCAAAGGGAAGCAAGCCGCUACUUCGGCUCCUGCUACUACCACCACUACUGACGCUGCCAAAUCCGUACCCGAGUCGACUUCCAAUGGAGACGCCGUCGAGAAAGUGACCAACAAACCUACCGAUGAAGCAACAUCCACUUCUGCUCCCGCUCAAGCAUCUGCCGAAAAGACUGCAUCUGCACCAGCAGCUACUCCAGCGUCUAAGACGCAAGAGCAGAAACCCAAGAAGAAAGGAUUCUUCUCAUGUUGUGGUGAUUCCGGUAUCGACAAGUAA